AUGGCGGCUUUGGCAGAACCGAAUAUUUGGCUGGGUUAUGAAGUUUCAGAAGAAGAAAGAAUGAUGAGAAGAGGAGUCAGCCCACAUCAUACUAAUCCCAGAUCUGCGACGCUUGAUUUUUGGAGAAAAACUUCUACGAUCGCUGAAUACAAACAAAUUCAACAACGAAGAAGAACCCAAAUGAACAUCCCAACAAGCUCGAAUCACUCAAAAGAGGAGCAUAUGGUCAUCGCACAUCGCUUGGCGGCCAUGGAAAAGCGUCGUAUCGGUACUCGUUUCUUAGAACACGACGUCCGACCUGAAGACAUGGAAAAACCGCUUCUCGAAAAGCUCCAAGAAUCUUGCUCCUUGAUGUGA